CCCUCCGUCUCUCCUCAGUGAAGCUAGAAAGGAAUCCUGCAAGAGGGAUUAGCGGUCCGUCAAUGAGGAACUACCGGCUCAUCUUCUGCCACAACCUGAAGCAGCCAUAGAUGGUUCAGAGGUUCACAGGCCAGGGGAGGAGAGGAUAGGACACACUUUCACUGCUACACGACGUGAGGUCUUGGCGGGGUUGUGGUGAGGAGGAGGAGGAGGAGGCCAUGAGGAAGAGCGUGUCUCCGUUGCCAGGCAAUGAGGGCAGGAGCUCGGCCAGCACCACGCGGGUUUUCGGCGUUCCGUUGGAGGAGGUGACGCGCACGCACACGAUCAGCGGCCACGAGGUUCCUGCGCUGGUGAAACACAUCGUCGACUACAUCGAGGAGCAUGGUCAUCUGGACCUGGAGGGGCUCUUCCUGGUUAAUGGCAACGCAGAGCGCGUGGAUUGGCUGCGCCAGCGUUACGACAGCGGCGAGGAGGUGGAGCUAGAGAAGGAGGCGGACCUGGCGUCGGCGGUCAGUUUGCUCCGACUCUUCCUGCAGGAGCUUCCCGAGCCCAUUAUCCCAACAGCAAUACAGGGUCACAUACUGCAACUUCACCAAGAUUACAGCAAUGAAGAGGAGCUGUGUAGAAACCUGAAGUACCUCCUGCAGCAGCUUCCUCAGCUCAACUACGGCCUGCUGCGUUUCCUGUGCCGCUUCCUGGCCAGCGUGGCUUCGCUUCAGCAGGAGAGCUGGAACAUCGGGACGCUGGCCGCCGUCUUCGGCCCAGACAUCUUCCAUCUGUCAACGGAAGGAGAGGACCUUCGAGACCAGGAGUCUGUCAGCAGAGUCCUGGCAGAGCUGCUGGACAACCAGGAGGGCCUGUUUGACUCCGAGGACGAUGACGUCUCCACCACCAACGAUUACAGCUCCAUCAACGAACAGAUCACAGAGCUGCUGGAUGACGAGAGGUGUGAAGCAGAAUGUGAAGAGCUGCCUCAGGACGGGGAGGCGGGUCCUGCCCCCUCUGACUCACCACAACAUACACACAGCCCUGACGACAGCCCCGCAGCCAGCUCCCACCUCUCUCCCAUAUCCAUCCUGCCUGCCGACUCUGCUGAGAUAAUUCAGCGAACCAUCAGAGCUGCAGUGGAGCAGCACUUCUUCGAGCUGAAAUCCUCCAUCGACCAAGACCUCAGCAACUACGACAGCCAGGGGGUGAGCCCCGCCGAGCCUGCAGACCAGGGUUGCCAUGAAGAUGAGCAACAAACAGACCCCGAGGACAGUCCCUGCGACACAGAGGGGGAGACCCCACUCACACAAAGUCAGAAAGACACACAAGAUUCUUUGGACUCUGGCGCCGCCCUGGAGGAGAGCUCGGGAAUGGACCUGGAUGCAGAGGCUGUCAGAGAUGCUGAGAACAACAUCAACACCGCCAGGCAGGACAAUCAACCCUGUGACAUGGAGCAGACUCAGACUGACACCAUGAGCUGUGACUCGGUUUCGUGCCGCUGUGAUCAGAACGCCAACACCAGCGAGAACAACAGGAACCAUCUGUCGCCAUGCCAACCAAACUCUGGCAACAACCCCCACCUCCAGCUCUUCCCCGACAACCAAUGGGAAGCGUCACCCCCCUCCCAUCUCCACCUCCCUCCCAUAGACUUCUCAUGUAUGCAUCUGCAAAAAGAAGGCCAAGACCCCGUCCCGGCUUACAAAUCCUGGCAGGACGACAACGAGAGCGGAGAGGCUCAGCUCUCCCCGCUGGCCGGUCGCAUGGUUCCUCUCCCCCCACUGCCCCUGGAGGAGGAAGGCGAGGAGGACGAGGAGGAAGGAGGGCAGGACGCCUCCCUCUCCUCUUCCCGCUCUCACCCUCACCUCCUCGCACGCCGCUUCCUCGACUUUGGAGCACACAGCGCCCAGCGGUUCCUCCAGCAGGACCCGGACGCCACCUCACCCACCAAAGCACAGAGGCCGCGGCGAGCAUCGUUUGGCUCCAAAGAGGCGAUGAGAGGAGGAGACUCCGUGACCCACCAACUCACCAAGAAGCUUCAGCACCUGAAGAAGAAAAUCAAACAGUUUGAAGAGCAGUUCGAGAAGGAGAGGAACUACAAGCCCUCUCACGGAGACAAGGCAGCUAACCCCAAAGUCCUCAAAUGGAUGACCGACCUCACGAAGAUCCGCAGGCAGAUUAAAGGACGCCAGCACCACCUUUUACCCAGAAGCACGCUGAGGCACCAGGCUUUGCUCCAUUCAUACAGACGCCACCAUGCUCCCUCCUCCUCCUCCUCUUCCCCUUCCUCCUCCUCCUCCUCCUCCUCUAUCUGCUCACCUCCCCAUCACACACUCACCCCCCCGCUCCACCCAUACUCAGGCCUGAGCUCUAGACCGUAUCACCUCAAUGCCAAACACCGUGCGGAAAGCGAGCUCGGCCCGCAGACUCGUCCCCGCAGCAACACCUUACCCAAGAGCUUCGGCUCCACGCUGGACCAGAGCGCUUACGACGCAGCGGUGGAGGUCAAGGGUCAGCGACCCACCCGGGAGGAAACACUGGAGCUGAUCCAGCGCAGGGUCAAAGGGAAGAGGCAGGAGGACGGCUGGCCUGACGACAUCAAGCAGAAGAUGACCAAGGAGCAGCUGUCCUGUGAGAAGACGGUCCUACAGAAGAACCUGCUGCACUACGAAGGCCUGCACGGGCGACCGGUGACCAGAGAGGAGCGUCUGGUGGUGAAGCCUCUCUACGAUCGCUACAGAUUGGUCAAACAGAUGCUCACCAGAGUCAGCAUCACGCCCGUCACAGUGUCCCCCUCCAGCAAGAGGCGGAGUCAGACGCUGCAGCCGAUCAUCGAGGGAGAAACCGCCCAUUUCUGGGAGGAGAUCAAAGAGGAGGAGGAGGAUGAGCGGAAAGAGAGAGAGGGGGGAGGAGGAGAAGAAGACGAGCGGGAGGAGGAGAGGGAGGAGGACGAAGAAGAGGAGGAGGAGGAGGAGGGAGAGAGCAGCGGCGGGGAGAUGCAGAGCCCCGAGGUCAUCAUGGCCGUCGACCUCGUGACCCCGACCGACGGAUCGAUGAGGAGCCAGAACCAACCGGACCGGCAGAGCGACUGUCCCAUGACGGCCAAGGUGGAGGAGGGGUCGGGGAGGCUGGCGCUGGACCUGCGACUGUCCAGCUCCAACGCCUCGUCCAUGCCAGAGCUGCUGGAACAGCUGUGGAAGGCCAGAGCAGAGAAGAAGAAACUGAGGAAGACCAUCCGAGAGUUCGAGGAGAAUUUUUAUCAGCAUAAUGGAAGAAAUGUUCAGAAGGAGGACCGGGUGCCGAUGCUCGAGGAGUACCGGGAGUACAAGAGGAUCAAGGCCAAGCUGCGCCUCCUGGAAGUUCUCAUCAGCAAACAGGAUUCCUCCAAAUCCAUCUAAGAUACCGCUCAUCACCGCACACACACACACACACAUCGGUUCAUUGCCACUGCGAGGACCCGCCCGGGUCGACCAUCAGUCUGUCACAACCUGGGACAAACGCUCCAGCAACCAACGGCAGCCACAUCACAUGACUUCAACCGACCGCUCAGCGCGCUGCGUUCACGUCACGGAGAAAACUAAACGAGUGACUUGGCUGGUUCAGAGUUACUUUAGAAAAUGAAACUUUAGAGUCGGCGUGUCGUGAUUUCACUUCGAUGUAAACACCGUGUGUCGUCACCUGCAUUUUAACUGCAGCAACCAAAGUUUGGAAACAGUCCUCAGCUACAUGUAACCAAGCGCGGGUCUUAAUCUGUAGUUUACAACAUCUCCGACGGGUUUUGAAUCGUCAGUCUUUGGUUCCUGGGACUGUUUUGAUGAAGCGUCGAUCACAGAAAAGCUUAAAAUCACUUCAGUCGUUAAUUUCUUUGAUUAAAAACACGAUUCCACGUUUCAUUCAGCUCAGUAAUGUGGACGUUACAGUCUGAAGGUUUUUACAGCCGUGACGUGAACGCAGCUCGACUUAAAUCACUCCCGUCAGCCAUAACUGAUCCGUGCUGCCUCAUCCGACGUCAUAUCACAGAAACCUGGAGAAAAAGGAGACAUCAUCAUCAUCAUCAUCAUCAUCAUCAUCAUCAUCAUCGAACCAACGUGACUCAAGACUUUGCACUCGUUUUUUUUUUUCUUCGACUUCGGAGAAAGAAAAAAAAUUUGACUUUUUAAUUUCAGAAACUUUUUCUUCUUUUUGUUCUUCGUGUUUUUUUUUUUUCUUCUUCCUGCUGAGGAAUCUUAGCGGACAGCUCGAGGACUGGCAUUUUAGACUCUUCUUUCUUUCGGGGGGAGGGUGGCGUCGCUCUUUCUCGCCUCGCUUCAGGGAGUCACAGCGGUUUUUCUCGAAGCGGCCUCCUCCUUGACGCGAGGCGACCGAUUCUUUUAUCCUGUCGUCGUUGUCUGACAUCGUGGAAGCUUCACCUCCUGACUGAUUUAAAAAAACAACAAAAAAACAGUUUGUGUGUAUUGUUAGAAAAAAAAAAGUGUAUACAUACAUGUUUGUGGGACACUGCUGUUCAUGUUUUUCUUGAAUAUUCCACGGGGGCAAAAAAAAAACCUCCCGGUGACGUUGGAGCUGUUUGUGAAAGACUUUUUCUUUUCAUUCGUUUCUGUUCUUCAGCUUUGUUGGCGAUACUGAGAUCACUAAACGCUACUUUAAGUCAAAGGCUCGUGAUUCAGAUGCAGCAUUCGAUGGAAACAGUCGUGCUCAGAUCAGGAGGUUUUAUGAUUUUUUUCUUCACUUCGUCUCUUCACUCGUUCAGUUUGUGAAGGAUCAUGGGUGAUGAACUCACAGAGCGUCGGUGACGACGCGGUCAGCAGUUGCUGUGCAGCUGGAGUGACCGUUACUGAAUAAAGUGGUUUAACGUUUGAUUGUAGCUUUAAAGGCUCGUAUUGUAUCGAUGAGGUGCCAACACUGCCAGCACUGAUUUUUAAAAAACACACAGACUCCGUCUGUGGUUCACUGAUCAUCACCCGGUGAGUCGGUGCUGAUGAGUAUGUAGCAUGACGUCCACAAAGGUUGUACAGCGAAGUGUGGAAAACCUGCGGGUCCCAGCGAGGUUUCAUUUCCUGCUGGCGGGUGAAAUGAGGGCAGGUGAGGAGGAGAACGUUUGAGGUGUGACGCCCGUCUUCUUCUUCUUCUUCUUCGUAGAGGCCAUGUUUAUCAGAGGAGUCACAGUGUGAUUUGAAACGUGGAGUCGUCCGACCGGAGCAGGUUCUAUUAUCAGAACGCCCGAGAUGUUUAAGACAGAAAUCGAUGUACAUUUAUUGACCUGCAGAGUUUGGACGGUUGAAAAGUUUCGAAUGAGGUUUAUUGUUUUGUUUUUUUUUGUUUUUUUUGUGAAUGCCUGUGAAGAGUGAGGCGAGGGUGCACGUCGUGUUUGUCGGGACGGUGAAAAAGUUUCAUGUAGAAAAGAAAAAAAAAAUGUUAUUUGCACAGCAUUCACUGUGAAUGCAGCCCUUUGUUUUGCGUUUUUUUUUCAUUUGUAUUUCUAAAAAUGAAGCACUACUUCUAUACAAAUAUAAAUAUAUACUGUACAUACAACAAGAAAGAAAACAAACACCCGAAGGAAUGAAUGUCAGAAAUGUUUAAAUUAUUUCAAACAUUACGUUUGGCCCCUUUGGUUCAUUAUAUUUGUGAUGCCCUAAGAAUGUGUCGUUUGUUUGUUUUUUAAAUCGUUAUUAUAAAUAUUGCUAUUACUAUCAUAACCAUUAUUUUGUGUGACAAUGACAAUAAUAACCCUUUUGUAUCUACUCACAAACUGUAAAACCAGCUGUAGAAGUUAGUCUGGCACUGUGUGUGGCUAAUCAAACACCAACCUGCUCUGUUCUCGAUUUCUUUCGUCGCUCUGUGUAAUAUAAGCUAAUCUAGAAGCAGUACUGUAGUGAGCUUGCAUGGCAAAACAACAACAAAAAAAGAGAAUAAUAGUAUGAAUAACACGAUGUAUUGUUUCUAUUAUUUGUGCCAUGAAGAAGCAGCAAUAAUAAAAGUUUGCGUGGAGGUUUUACGGUAACGACGGGUGGGAUGGACUGUGAAUAUUUGAGGUACUAUGUUUCUGUUUUCACACACGCUCUGCUCACACGGUGUGUUUUUACCACUGUCGUCGGCAGAAAUAUUCAUGUUGGCGCUGCUGCAAAACCAAAACCAGAAUCAGAUUUUAACAGGAGGGUGAACAGGGAUUGAAAAGUCAGUGGCAGACGUGUCCUAUCUGAAAACAUUCCAGUUUUUAUCAUCACUCAACAACAA